AUGCGAAACGUCACGAACGUCUUUCUGGCUUCGUUGAGCACAGCUGAUCUCUGUCUUAUCUGGUUUUGUGUUCCAAUUAUGUUCGUCAAGUAUAUGUCGCAUACGUGGUUUAUGGGACGAUUUGCCUGCUAUUCAGUGCAUUAUAUUCAACAGUUCACCUGUUUUUGCUCAGUACUUACCAUGACGAUGAUUUCCUUUGAAAGAUUCAUCGCCAUUGCAUAUCCAAUGAGGAAUAUGUGGUUGUCGUCAAUAGGCCGAGCGAAAAAGGUGAUUCUGCUCAUAUGGCUGCUGUCAGCGAUUCUGGCGAUUCCGACGGCAAUCCGUAUAGACUAUGAGACAAACAUAUCCCUCUCGGGUCACAGAGUACAUUGGUGUAGGAGAAGAUUCCCCAAUGGAUUUCUCGGGUAUUCACGAAUAAAAUUGAAUCGAAUUUAUGCGGUGUAUCAGAUGUUACUUUUGAUCGUGUUUCCCGUGGUGACGAUGUCGAUCUGCUAUGCUCGCGUUUCUGUCAUUGUCUACACCUCAUCAAAAAGUCGACUAGCGCUCUCUCAAGCAAUGGUUGCGUUCAGCAAAGCAGCGACCGAUGCUGUUCACUUUUCCGGGUACAGUACUAUCCCAAUGAUUUCCACUAGUCGAGAGCUCAAAUCUGCUACAACAAAAACUUAUAAAAUGCCUACAAUAAACAGAAAUCAACUAGAAUCGUUCAAAUGCUCAUUUCAAUCGUUGUUAUGUAUACAGUGUGCUGGUUACCAACAAUAG